UGCAGAGAGGGAGGGUCUUUGUUCUCCUGGAUUAGAGAAGGAUUGCAUGGUUCACCUCGAUGUGUGUAAUGAGACAAGGAGGAAAUGGCUCUGGAUGCCCCCCCUAGGUACGCCCUGGAGCAUGUUCCUAUGCUUGACACAGCCUUUGUCCGGAAUGGUCGCGCUGUCGCCGCCCUGUGGGCAGCGUGUACCCUGUUCCUUGGGGUACUGGAGAUUGUGGUGCUGUUGGAGCCAUCGUGGGUUUUAGGUGCAGAGGGAAGUGGACACUUUGGCCUUUACCAGGUGUGUGAGGAUUCUAAUUGGGGGCCAGAGUGUCGAGGUUCCCCAGGGGCCCUGCAGGCUCUGCCAUCUUUCCAAACUGCUGCCGGAUUCAUGGUCGGGGCACUGUUGCUGGUGCUGCUCAGUUUGGGCUGCUCUGGACUCUUGUGGUUUUGUCACUCAGGAACCGUCUUCAAACUAUGUGCUUGGCUUCAGCUGUCUGCCGCCUCUUGCCAGGCCAUUGCCUGCCUCCUUUUCCCUGAUGGAUGGGACUCCCCCAUGGUGCGCUCCCUCUGUGGGCAUCGUUCGGACAGAUAUGAGUUGGGGGGCUGCUCUGUGCAUUGGGGCUUUGUCCUAGCCAUCCUAGGAACAUUUGAUGCUCUGGUUCUGUCCAUAUUGGGGUUUACCCUUGGGAAACGGCAGGAUGCUCUGCACCCCGAUGUCGCUGCACACAUCAAGCAUGGAUUCUCCAAAGAAUUUCCAUGAUCCCCAAUGAGAUCCCAUCUGUGCUCUCCCUAGUGACUUCAUGCUGUUGAAUAGCUGAGCCUGAUGCCCAAGUCAUUGGCAUCCAAUCCUCAGUCUGCUCUCUGUGCCAAGUGCCAUGCCAUCUCCAUAACAUCUCAAUCUUUCUGCCAUCGUUAUGUCACUCUCUCAUUUGUACUCUUUAUAUUUAUUUAGAUGUUAAUAAUAAAAAGUCUUUAUUUUU